CUCCGCCCGGGAGCGGCGGCCUCUCUGGUGGCAGAGGAGUAGUGAGCUGCUCCGGGUGAGGCUGCAGCCAACUCUGCUCCCCGCGCACUCGGCUGUCCAGGCGCUCGGGACGCAGCAGCGGCGCUUCUCCGCGGGACUUACUUCCCGUGAUGCCGGCUUAGGAGAGUGCGGCAGCGGCCAGCAUCACCACACCCGUGGCACUACGCUCCGGGCCCAGAGUGGGGCCAGAGCCGCGCACUCCAGCUCCAGCCCCCACCCCGCCCCCCGCCCUGAAAUGACUUGUUAAUCAGCGACACUACCGAAGGGACUCACCGGAGUGGAAUCCAAGUGGCAUUUGGAUUUGGAGAAGAGUUUCUUGAACAUUUACCCCUUUCUUGUGUGUUGGGUUUUUUUGGGGUUUGUUUUUGUUUUUUUUGGUCUUUCUGUUUUUGCUUCUUUCUCUCUCCUCCGCCUGUCAUUGGAGAUGAACACAGAGCGUGUGCAUCCCAGAAAGUAGCCGCCGUGACUGUUGCCCCCAAAGAGACAAGCACACAUGUAGGAAUGACAAAGGCUUGCAAAGGAGAGAGCGAAGCUCGAUGCCCGGAGAAAUCCCCUCGAUAAUGGAUUACUAAAUGGGAGACAACCUGCACCAGCCUGUUCCAAGACCCGGCCGCCUGCACGUCGAUGCACCGAAAAGGGUGAAGUAGAGAAAUAAAGUCUCCCCGCUGAACUACUAUGAGGUCAGAAGCCUUGCUGCUAUAUUUCACACUGCUACACUUUGCUGGGGCUGGUUUCCCAGAAGAUUCUGAGCCAAUCAGUAUUUCGCAUGGCAACUAUACAAAACAGUAUCCGGUGUUUGUGGGCCACAAGCCAGGACGGAACACCACACAGAGGCACAGACUGGACAUUCAGAUGAUUCUGAUCAUGAAUAGAACCCUCUACGUUGCUGCUAGGGACCAUAUUUAUACUGUUGAUAUAGACACGUCACAUGCCGAAGAAAUUUAUUGUAGCAAAAAACUGACAUGGAAAUCUAGACAGGCUGAUGUAGACACAUGCAGAAUGAAGGGAAAACAUAAGGAUGAGUGUCACAACUUUAUUAAAGUUCUUCUAAAGAAAAAUGAUGAUACGUUGUUUGUCUGUGGAACUAAUGCCUUCAACCCUUCCUGCAGAAACUAUAAGAUGGACACUUUGGAACCUUUUGGGGAUGAAUUUAGUGGAAUGGCCAGAUGCCCUUAUGAUGCCAAACAUGCCAACGUUGCACUGUUUGCAGAUGGAAAGCUGUAUUCAGCCACAGUGACUGAUUUCCUCGCCAUCGAUGCAGUCAUUUACCGGAGUCUUGGAGACAGCCCAACCUUGCGGACCGUCAAGCAUGAUUCAAAAUGGUUGAAAGAGCCGUAUUUUGUCCAAGCGGUGGAUUAUGGAGACUACAUCUACUUCUUCUUUAGGGAAAUAGCAGUGGAGUACAACACCAUGGGAAAGGUAGUUUUCCCAAGAGUGGCUCAGGUUUGCAAGAAUGACAUGGGAGGGUCUCAAAGAGUCCUGGAGAAACAGUGGACAUCUUUUUUAAAGGCUCGCCUGAACUGCUCAGUUCCCGGAGACUCUCAUUUUUAUUUCAAUAUACUGCAGGCAGUUACAGAUGUGAUUCAUAUUAAUGGCCGUGAUGUUGUCCUGGCAACCUUUUCUACACCUUAUAACAGCAUCCCUGGGUCUGCAGUCUGUGCCUAUGACAUGCUUGACAUUGCCAGUGUGUUUACUGGGAGAUUCAAAGAACAAAAGUCUCCGGAUUCCACAUGGACACCAGUUCCUGAUGAACGAGUGCCUAAGCCCAGGCCAGGAUGCUGCGCUGGCUCAUCCUCCUUAGAAAAAUAUGCAACCUCCAAUGAGUUUCCUGAUGAUACUCUCAACUUCAUCAAGACGCAUCCGCUCAUGGAUGAGGCGGUGCCUUCCAUUAUCAACAGACCAUGGUUCUUGAGAACGAUGGUCAGAUACCGCCUGACCAAAAUUGCAGUGGACAUGGCUGCUGGGCCCUAUCAGAAUCACACUGUGGUUUUCCUGGGAUCAGAGAAGGGAAUCAUCUUGAAGUUCCUGGCGAGGAUAGGAAAUAGUGGUUUCUUAAAUGACAGCCUUUUCCUGGAGGAGAUGAGCAUUUAUAACCCUGAAAAGUGCAGUUAUGAUGGAGUAGAAGACAAGAGGAUUAUGGGCAUGCAGCUGGACAAAGCAAGCAGUUCUCUGUAUGUUGCGUUCUCCACCUGUGUGAUUAAGGUUCCCCUUGGCCGAUGUGAACGUCAUGGGAAAUGUAAAAAAACCUGCAUUGCCUCCAGAGAUCCAUAUUGUGGAUGGGUAAAGGAAGGAGGUUCCUGUGCCCAUCUGUCACCCAGCAGCAGACUGACUUUUGAACAGGACAUAGAACGCGGCAAUACAGAUGGUCUGGGAGACUGUCAUAAUUCAUUUGUGGCACUGAAUGGGCAUUCCAGUUCCCUCUUGCCUAGCACCACCACGUCAGACUCCACGGCUCAAGAGGGGUAUGAGUCUAGGGGAGGAAUGCUGGACUGGAAGGAUCUGCUCGAUUCACCUGACAGCACAGACCCACUGGGGGCAGUAUCUUCCCAUAAUCACCAAGACAAGAAGGGAGUGAUUCGGGAAAGUUACCUCAAAGGCCAUGAUCAGCUGGUUCCUGUCACCCUCUUGGCGAUUGCAGUCAUUCUGGCAUUUGUCAUGGGGGCCGUCUUCUCCGGUAUCAUUGUGUACUGCAUCUGUGAUCACCGGCGCAAGGAUGUGACCGUGGUGCAGCGUAAGGAGAAGGAGCUCACUCACUCUCGCCGGGACUCCAUGAGCAGUGUGACCAAGCUAAGUGGCCUCUUUGGAGAUACUCAGUCCAAAGAUCCAAAGCCAGAGGCCAUCCUCACGCCACUCAUGCACAACGGCAAGCUUGCCACUCCCAGCAACACGGCCAAGAUGCUCAUUAAGGCUGACCAGCACCACUUAGACCUGGCAGCCUUGCCAACGCCAGAGUCGACCCCAACACUGCAGCAAAAGCGGAAGCCCAGCCGCGGGAGCCGAGAAUGGGAGAGGAACCAGAACCUCAUCAAUGCCUGCACAAAGGACAUGCCCCCCAUGGCCUCCCCUGUGAUCCCCACAGACCUGCCCCUCCGGGCUUCCCCCAGUCACAUCCCCAGCGUGGUGGUCCUGCCCAUCACGCAGCAGGGCUACCAGCAUGAAUACGUGGACCAGCCCAAAAUGAGUGAGGUGGCCCAGAUGGCCCUGGAGGACCAGGCUGCCACGUUGGAGUAUAAGACUAUCAAAGAGCAUCUUAGCAGCAAGAGUCCCAACCAUGGGGUGAACCUCGUGGAGAGCCUGGACAGCCUGCCCCCCAAAGUCCCACAGCGGGAAGCCUCACUAGGCCCUCCAGGAGCCCCCCUGUCUCAGAAUGGCCUGAGCAAGCGGCUGGAAAUGCACCACUCCUCCUCCUACGGGGUUGACUAUAAGAGGAGCUACCCCACGAACUCGCUCACGAGAAGCCACCAGGCCACCACUCUCAAAAGAAACAAUACUAACUCCUCCAAUUCCUCACACCUUUCCAGAAACCAGAGCUUUGGCAGAGGAGACAACCCACCACCCGCCCCUCAGAGGGUGGACUCUAUCCAGGUGCACAGCUCCCAGCCAUCGGGCCAGGCGGUGACUGUUUCGAGGCAGCCCAGCCUCAAUGCCUACAACUCACUGACGCGGUCGGGGCUGAAGCGCACGCCCUCGCUAAAGCCGGACGUACCUCCCAAACCUUCCUUUGCUCCCCUUUCCACAUCCAUGAAGCCCAAUGAUGCGUGUACAUAAUCCCAGGGGGAGGGGCUCAGGUAUCGAACCAGCAGGAAAAGCGAGGCGUCUGCUCAGCUCCACAAGGUUCUCAACUGCCUCAGAAUACCCACCAGACGAAGAUGGCCAGAGGCAGAGCUGAGGAUGCUGGGUCCUCUUCUCUGGGACACAGGGAUACUCUUGAAAAAUGGGCCACGUGGUUUGGUGAAGGUUUGCAACUGCGGGACUCACCUCCAUUCUCUUCCUUCACUCUCCCUCACAGCCUACAACAGGUUGGACUCACAAAAGACUUAAAUUAUCAUCACAAACAUGAGCCAAAAGCACAUACCCACUCAUCCGCACACAAACACACACACACACACACACACACACCCCCCACAUGCAUACAAAACACACACACAGGUGAACAAGUAACUAUAACAUUUUGUCCAUAACUGCACGGGGCAUUGCCAAACCGGGCUAGCCUUCCAACCUGCAAAACACAAACACAUUUUUUAAAAAACAUCACGAAAAUUAAAAAGACAAAAAAAUUAAGAAAUCAUUGAUAAUUCUAACUCAGACUUUAACAAUGGCAGAAGUUUACUAUGUGCAGAUACUGUGAAAUGCCCACCAGUGUUACAGCUUUCUGUUAUAGCAGAUUAAUGCCAUGUUGGGCAACUAUGUCAUAGAUUUCUGCUCCUCCUCUCUUUUAAUGAAUAACGUGACCGUUAACGCAAGUAACUCUUUAUUUAUUGUUCACCUUUUUAUCCUUAAGGAAAGGACUCUUCCACAUACCAUCCUACGAACAGCUCUUCAGAAAGCCCAUUGAAAGUUAAACUAUUUAACGUGAAAUCCAUUAACUGGAAUAAUUAAGUUUUUUUAUUUUUACAAUAAAUUCACUGAGUAAAUAAGUUGGAGCUGGAAUUCUGAGCUUUGUGUUUGGACUGUCUGAUCUCUAGCUAAAGGAAAGAGUUAAGAGGGGGAUAUUUAUUUAAAUCCAUCAGUUAAUUUGCUGGUCAGGUCUCUGGCCUAUAACAUGCAAAAUAAUAAUAAUAAUAAUAAUUAGUUUAAAAGUCCUUCCAGAUCCUAACUUCUAAAGCAACCAGGAGAGAAACUUUUAGAAUGGCACAUCCUCCCUGUCCCGUUGCCACCAAUGUGGCUUUGUUGGUGGUUACUACUUUCUGUGAAGGCACCAGCUUGUGAUCCGCCAUCUCAUUUCACCUUGCAUGUGAGACUGCAGACAAAAUCAACAAAUGGUGUGAACUAAUUAAUAUGCUGGCUGCUACCUUACAUAAAUUAAUGGUUUGAUCACACGGGUUUUUCAUGGGGUUACAUCUGUGAAUAGCCUGUUUUCCACAUGUAAAUUUGUGCCUUACACCCAAGUUGUGUACACUUGUAAACUGUCGGUAUGAUAAACUUUUCCCCCUUUUGAAGUAAAUGCAAAUAUUUAUUUAACCCUCCUUCCCCCCACCUCCACUCCAGCCCUCUGGGAGAUUGGAGUCAAGCAGAUGGAAGAAGAAUGCAGUGGUGAUCAUUAUAAUCCCAUAGUCCAGGAAAGCUAGGCAGCACCACACCCUCCAAUUCACAUUUCCUUCUAGUUGUGCCAAGCUGAACUACCCUUUGGCCAUGCUGCUGCUGAGUAUGGAUCCCAGUGUUGUGGGUGGCAAACCCCUUCUUCCUCCAGAGAUCCCUGCUUCCCUUGUAUUCUCAGAUCAUUUCAAUAUGGUGAUAUCCUCAUUAGCAAGCAGGAAAGGGACUGGUGUCUCCAUCUUUAUUUCUGCUGUGUCCACUUGCUGGAGAACAUGUGUGCAGUUGGGCAGGCACCUGGGAGGGGUCUCUAAGCCAUGUGCUCUGAACACACAUGCAAUGCACACAAAGAAAUAACAUGGAAAUAGAUGCAGGCAGGCUGGCCCCUGCUGUGAUUAAUGAAUAACUCUUAAGUACAAAGCCAACCACAAUGGAUAUUUGCAAAACGUUGACUAGGGCAAAAGAUUUUUAGUUUGUUUUUUUUUUAAUUAUGCUUUUGUUGUUAUUGUUUGUAGAGGGUGGGGGGGGAGUGUGUUUUUCUCCCCUUGGUUUUCAUUUGCUCAAACAUACAGAAGAAAGAACUUUUGUUUAUUAUGACAAAAGAAUUGUCAACAUACUGUAAAACUUGAGCAUUGUUGUUGGUUGUUAUUGUUUUGUUAAACAGCUAAACUGUUUGGUGAUCUGUUGGUCUCUUUUAUUUCCAGUUUGAUCUUCUGGAUUUAGUUUUUCUUAAUAAAUAAAUAAAACUUGAACAAAAAAAAAGACUGACAAGGACAAUUUUGAGUUGGCUAGUGAGAAACUGGUGGUCGCCUUGAGUGUGUAGUAAGGGUGAGUACACCCUUGGUUUGAAGUAUCCAUUGCAAUUUUGUUGUUGUUGUUCAGGAUAGUGUUUUGUUGUUGUUGUUACUAUUACAUGUUUUGGGUUUUGUUUUGUUUUGUUUUAGUGGACUCAGUGGUCACAUCCUAUGUACUAUGUAGGUUGAAACAUGAAGUCUUUUUUUGAAGCUGAGAUCUUGUUUUUUCCCUUGAAUUUUCUCUAGAAAUGCAGACAUUAGGAAAGUUAUGGAUAUAUACACACACAUCACCCUGCUAUCUUCUCCCCAUGCUUGACUUCCUAGAGUAUUGAUGAUGCAGUGCCCACCAGCGGGCAGAGUUGAAAUGUGAUCCCAGUGUGUGUGGGCGUCACUGCCUCAACUGUGUUAAGUCAAUCUGAUCUGCGUCAAAAGUGACCUUCCUGUCCCACUGUGUCCCACAACCCAUCACUUGACGGUGUUAACCCUAAAAUGCCCACAUGUAUUGAGCAGGUCUUCUGCAGUUAAGUAUUUCCCCCUUUUUUUCCCCACUGUGUGUGGGGGUAGGGUCCAUAAACCUGAGUGUGCCUUUGCUUUCCACCCCUGCUAGCCACUGGUAGAUGCACCCAACUCAGAUUUAUAUUUGUUGUAAAGUUGUAAAAAUAUUGUGAUGUCACCAAUAUCCCUGCCAUCUCCACAUCCCCUAACAUCUGAUUCACGACUUAAUGUAUGUUAUAAAAAAAAAAAAAAAGGAAAAGAAAAGAAAAAAAAGGGGAAAAAAACAAGGAAAAGGCUCUUUAUUACUUGAAAGUAAUAAAACCAGACUGUUCUACAUUA